ACUAACAUCAUUAGACAUUUGUUUUUUUUAUUAUUAAAAAUAAAAAGUUGACAUAUUUCAGUUAUUUUUUUAUUUGUUUAUCUACACUAAAAUUAUGGAUUCUUGUCGCUGUUGCCUCACAAAGCCUUGCUUUAAAAAUAUAUCCGACGAAUAUUCUUAUGGCGGACAAAUUGAAAUAUAUAGUGAUAUGUUAUUGAAUACAUUUAAUUUAUACAUAACAAAAUUCACUGAUUGUGAAGCACAAAUGAUAUGUGACAGAUGUAUCACAAGACUCAGAGAUGCCACCGAAUUCAAGAAGCAAGUGCUGUCAGCGGAAGAAACUCUGUUGAGCCAGUAUACUGUGUCAGAUGGUUUAUCUAAAGAAGGAGACCUCAUAUUGGAUAUUAAAGAAGAGGAUUAUAAUGAAACUUCUGAUGGUCAAUCUGAUGAUUCAACCUUUAUCAUUGAUCAGGGCAGCAUCAAUGAUUCUGAAGGACAAAUAUUUGUAAUCAAAAUGGACAAGAAAGAAGAAUCUGUUAAUGAAAAAUCAACAGUACGUAGGCCUCUACCGGUGCGGAGGAAAAGUGAGGCCAGAGUGAGGUCUUUAAGGAAGUCGAAUACAUCUAUGAAGACAAAAACGAAAAAAACACCAGAUAUAUCUCAAACGCAAAUCGAUCUCAGGGAAAAUUCCCUGAAACUUGUGCAAAAUUCAAAUUUGUGCCUCUUCAAGUCGAGGAAAACGAGAUUCGGCUGUUUCUUUUGCAAAGAGUCCUUCUUGAAAAUCGCAGAGUUGAGGGAACACAAUAAAAUGCACUCUAACACGAAGAUCUUAAAGCUCAGAUUCAAUUCGCUACGAGGACUGUCCUACAAGAACGUCGAAAUUACAAACCUGGCUUGCAACACCUGUUCAGAGACGUGCAAAGACUUGCAAGAACUGAAAACGCAUUUACAAAUUCACAAUAUAAAAUUUGGCGUAGACACAGAACGUCAUCUGUUGAUACCGUACAAACUGGAGGGAGAUUUAAAAUGUACUAUAUGCGCGCAAAACUUUAAUACAUUCACCAGAUUGGCCGUUCAUAUGAACAAGCAUUUCAUGAACAACGUUUGCGAGAUCUGUGGCGUGUCGUACAUAAAUCGUUUAAGUUUGAGAACACACGUGAACUCUAUGCAUAGAGAAAAAAAAUGUACUCUAUGCCCGGCUACUUUUUUAACAAACUAUUCGAAAGUUAAACAUAUGAAGAAGAGUCACGACACUGGCGCGUCGAAGCGGUAUUGUCUAUUGUGCAACAAGACAUUCCGUUACACGUAUAUGCUGUUGGAACAUAGGAUACAAGAGCACGGCGCCCAACGACAAAUAUACGAAUGCACGGAAUGUGGGAAAACGUUUUACGCGCAGCAAAAUUUGAAAACUCACAUACGCUGCGUGCAUAUAAAGGAACGCAACUAUCCAUGCAGUAUUUGUUUUAGGAGAUUUUUUACUAAAUGCGACCAGAGGCGGCAUGAGAGAUCCCAUGAGGAUGUAAGGUCGUUUUCCUGCGGCUACUGCGAAGGCAGGUUCAAGUCUAAAGACUCGUUGCGUCGCCAUUUAAAGAGGCAACACGGUCAAAUGUAUGAGAAAUGACAAUAAAAUUUAUUAACUGAAAUUAUAAA